AUGGGGUGGAAAGAGUGCUGUUUUCUUGUUUUCACUUGGCACGGUCCGUUACUUGGUGCUGUUUCCGGUGGUGGUAGGCUUCCAGCUAUGUCAAGGCCAGUUUUUUUCUUGUUCAUUGCAGCACCAAGUAGGGAAAGCUUGGCUUGGGAAUCCAUAAAUGGAGCUUUUGAUACUGCAUCAAAGAUGCUCUUCUUUCUCACCCUCUUCCUGCUCACUUCUCUGUCGUUGCUAGCUCUCGCUUCAAGGGAUUAUGCAGAAGAAGUGAAAGGGAGGAUCGCAAAUGCUAUAAUGCUUCUCCUUUCCGGGCUCGCCAUCUUGGCCUCGCUUAGUUUAUCUGUGUUAACUGUGUUAAACUCUAAAACUGCUUUUGCACGAUAA